AUACACACACACACUAUAUAUUGCCAAAAGUAUUGGGACAGGCCUCCAAAUCUUUGGAUUCAGGUGUUCCAAUCACCUCCCUGGCCACAAGUGUAUAAAAUCAAGCACCUAGGCAUGCAGACUGCUUCUACAAACAUUUGUGAAAGAAUGAGUCGCUCUCAGGAGCUCAGUGAAUUCAAGCAUAGUACCAUGAUAGGUUGCCACCUGUGCAAUUUCCUUCCUACUAAAUAUUCCAUGGUCAAAUGUUCGUCUAUGGCCUGCAUUAGUGGUAUUAUAACAAAGUGAAAGCAAAUGGGAACAACAGCAACUCAGCCACGAAGUGGUAGGCCACGUAAAAUGACAAAGCGGGGUCAGCGCAUGCUGAAGCACACAGUGCGCAGAAGUCGACAACUGUCUGCA